UAGAGGGAGGAGGAGGGGAUCCUGAUUUAUAUAUAUUCGUGUCAUGCGCUUGAAAACGUCGGCAAAACGUUUGGCGUUUUUGGCCUCAUAAAAACCUCAAGGACCCGAGAAUAGACCUCGUGGACUCAAAGCUGAUUUUAUCACGCAUACGAGAACCUCUGCCAGUACUAGAAGCUCUGAUCUCUUCCUUGCUGGAAUCUCCAUAUCCGCUGUGUGUUAUGCCCUGAGGAAUCCACCCUCAUCAGUUGUCCUUCCUCUCGCAGCCUUCAUGUCCUUCACCUAGCCCUGUGAGCAGCUCAUCUUGUCGCCAGCCGCAUUUUGCCACCCGAUGUCAUGAGUCCUAACAUGGGGUCUACAUAUACCGAGCAUGCAAUGAUGUGGGACUGCAACUCUGUACAAGAGUACAAUGAAAAGUAUUUCGAGGAGGUAGAAAAGAUGAAGGAUGAUGUAAGAGGACUAAUAGAUCAGCUGAUGGAUCCAUUAGCAAUGCUCGAGUUAAUAGACGCCAUUCAGCGGCUCGGGUUAGAGUAUCAUUUCAAGAGGGAGAUUAAGGGCAUGCUGGACUCCGUCCAUGAGCACACUAAUGCGAAUCGAUUCCAAUAUGGUGAGUUACAUGCUGCUACUCUCCGAUUCAGGCUCCUCAGGCAGCACGGUUAUUACGAAAUGCCCCAAGAUGUCUUUUGCAAAUUUACCGACGAUUCUGGCAACUUUAUGUCGGCAGUCGAAGAUGACGUGAAGGGACUGUUGAGUCUAUACGAAGCUUCAUUCCACGGAUUCGAAGGUGAAACCAUAAUGGACAAAGCUAGGGUGCUCUCUAUUGCGCAUCUGAGGAGACAAAAGGAUGAUAUCUCAUCACCAGUUUUGGCCUGGAAAAUUGAGCAUGCUCUGGAAAUGCCUAUUCAUUGGAGGCCAAACCGGUUGGAGGCAAUGUGGUUCAUGGAAGUGUACAAGGAUGACCCUGGCAUGAACCCGACUUUGCUCAAAUUGGCUAAGCUUGACUACAACCUUGUCCAGUCAAUCCAUCGGGAGGAACUUAGCCAACUAGCAAGGUGGUGGUCUGAACUUGGUCUAGGCACGUCCAUGACCUUCUCCAGGGACAACCUGCUGGAACACUACUUAUGGAAUGUUACCAUGGUGUUCGAGCCCCAGUACAAAGCCUUCAGAGAAAUGACAACGAAAAUGACCUGUGUGAUAACACUUAUCGAUGAUGUUUACGACAAGUUAGGGUCGCUCAAUGAGCUGGAGCUCCUGACCCAUCUCAUUGACAGAUGGGAUGUUACUAGAGCGGACGAGCUACCUUUGACAAUGAGGACAUGCUUCCAGGCUCUGUAUAAUAUCACCAAUGAAAUAGGCUGCUGGGUGCUGAAAGAGCGAGGCAUUGAAGUCCACCCAUACCUGCAGAAAGCGUGGGCAGAUCAAUGCAAAGCAUACCUUGUCGAGGCAAACUGGUGCUAUAAAGGCCUCAAGCCUUCAGUGCAGGAUUAUCUCAGUAACGCAGUUAGAUCAGUCGGAGGAUUUAUUGUGCUACUGUGCUGUUUCUUCAUCACCACGGAUGACUUAACCAAAGACAAACUGGAGUGCAUUUCCAGAAUUCCGAGUGUCAUGCAAUGCUCGACCCUAAUUGGCCGACUGAAUAAUGAUUUGGCUCCAUCAUCGUGCGAAUUGGCUGCUGGAGAUAAAUUGAAUUCGGUGGAGUGCUAUAUCAACGAAAGUGGAGCUUCUAAUGAGGAGGCGAGAGAGCACAUUCGGAAUCACGUGCAUGAAGCAUGGAAGGCUCUGAAUCGUGAUGCGUUCACCGACAAGUAUCGACUUCCCGGUCCCUUUGUCGAGGCCUGUCUGAAUCUUGCACGCGCGUCUCAUUGGAUUUACCAGUACGGAGAUGGGCAUGAGGCUCGAAGUCAAGAAGCCAAAGAGCAACUAAUGUCCGUCCUGGUCGGACCAGCUGGUUCGGAUUGAUCGAACAGAUUGACUUGUUUAUCUAUUGAGAAAGUUAUAGGUAGCCAUCAAUAGAUUCAUUAAUCUCUAGAAAUGGCAACAACGUUAAAAUGACUAAACAUAGUUACUUCGAUGAAAGACUUUCAAUAUAGGCCGAUGAUACUACAAGGCCAUCCGAUCUCUAGCUUUCA